UACGCGGCGUUUAUUAGUCAUUUAAGAAUGUGUGCUAUUUUCGUCUAAUAACUGCAUAACAAGAAACUUGUUUAAAUUAUUAAAUUAACUUGCUUACUAUCGUAUUUGUAUAAACAGACUUGGUUUCACAGGAAUGUGUGUUUAGGCCUGAAUUUAAGCAUUACAUUGUGUUGCUACGUUCUUUUGUUCGGAUCAAACUAGUUGAAGCUCAUACAAUUAUUGCUAAAUGUAAGAUCUUUUAAUUAUAUUAUAUUAUAAAUGUUAUCGAGGAUAUUGGAUGUGAUAUUAGUCAUACGAUUUGAUGUUAAACGAGAAAAGCGUCAGGCUAUUUAUUGCUAAGGUUGGUCCAUUCAAUUCCUUUUAGGAAGAGAGACGUAAUGCUACUGUACAACGUUCGGUUUACAGCCAGUAGCUAACAAUAGUAACGUUAUUCUUCAAUGGCGAAAUAUCGAUAGCCGUAGAGAUCCCACGAAGUGAAGCUGAACGGCAAUGUCUCGGGUCACAUGUCACCCCUACAUUAACGCCAAAGAAGACGGAAGAAUAACCCCUGAAAGAAAAUUUAAAAGCGGCGUAACAUUAAGCAAGCCGGAUUGGCUAGCUAACCAACUGGCUAGCUGGAGGCAGCAGCUAACGUUAGCCAGUUGAGUUAGCCAUUCUCGGACGUUCCUUAUUAGCUAACGAUAACUAGCUGCGUCUUCGAAGGGCCUGACCAAUGGACAGGGGUUGUAGAGGGGCUGCCGCCCCUUCUGGCACAGCAAUACAAGUGUGCUUUCCGGAAGUGCAAGGAGUGCUCCUGGAGAAGCUGAACCAGCAACGCGAGGAUGGCAUGCUGUGCGACCUUUCCAUCCACGUGCAAGGACAAGUGUUCAAGGCCCAUCGCUGCGUCCUUGCAGCGUCCUCACCCUACUUUCAUGACCAGGUCCUCUUGAAGAAUGUUACAACUGUGUCUCUCCCAUCAGUCAUGGACCCUCUAGCUUUCCAAAGUGUCCUGAGCUCUGCCUACACCGGGCAGCUUAGCAUAGUCCGUGAGGACAUCGUCAACUACGUCACUGUAGCUAGCUUCCUGCAGAUGUGGCAUAUCGUGGACAAGUGCACAGAGGUGUUAAAGCAGGUGCGCCCCUUAGUGGAACCAAGUCCAGUGGAAAUCACACCACCUCACGGAGGCUCGUCCAGGCACCAGUCCCCAAGUAGUUCAGACUGCUUCUAUGUAGAACAGGAGGACAAGGGUCGGGAGAAGGGCCAAGACUGCAUAUCAUCCCUAGAGAAAAGGUCCAGGGGCAUUGAGCAAAGGGGACCCCUGCCCCCCCUGGCUACCUGGAGGCGGCCACACCUGGCCUCCAGGUGGCGGGCUCGGUCGUCCCCGCAGUCUGAGUCCUUCAGCCAACCCCACCCACUGGGCUCUGGGUCUGUGUUCAGCCCUGGGAACAAUGAAGAUCCUUCAGCCAGUGAGGGAGCCAGUGGUGGUAGUGGCCAUACACAUCCCUCUGGCCCUUUAGUACACAUGGGGAGAGGAUCAGAGACUGUUCCUACUCGGCUUGAAGGGCUUGCUGACCCUUCCCACUUGAGAGAGAAGACACGUCUGAAGGGAGCACUCGUGAGUCGUAAGAGACAGCCGAGCUGGGGCCGAGAGGGAAGGGAGGACGAAGUGCUCCAGGCAAGCCAGCCUGGUGAGAGGGGGAUCGAGGCAGAUGAAGGUGUAGGUGAAGGUUUAGAAGAGGAAAUCACAACGAAAACCCAAAGGGCACAGCGGUCUGGAGACUACACACCAAGCACGGCACCACUGGAAAGACGAACAGAGGCCUCUGAAAAGGAAGAAGGAGAGGCUAGGACUAACAUAGGCCUGCCAGACACUGCAGAGGACCGGGAGCCACUACCCUGUGGGUCUGGUCUGUGCCCACCUCUCCCUGCCCAGGAUCAGUGGCAGGCAAGUCCAUGGCUUCACCAGAGAGACUACAGAAGAGAGGAGGAGGAUGAGGUGGAAGAGGACAUGGACUUUCAGCACCUGGGAGAUGGUGUGUUCGGCAGGGAAACGUACGACGAAAUUGAGGAUGGGACUGGACAAGUGUCUCAAAGGCCCUUGUUGCCAUCCCCGGAUGACGGACAGUUCAUCCCCGGCCAGUCGGACCUCAGCUGGGUCGCCGGCAGCCAACACUCGCCAUCCUCCACCCCCUUUCAUCCCUCCGCCUCGCCCCCAAUCCCCUCUUCCUCGUCUCCACAGCCCAAUGCCACAGGCCCAUACACAGGAAGGCUCCACUUCUGUCACUGUGGCAAGGCCUACACACUGAAGAGCAUGCGCGACCGCCACGUGAAGAUGCAGCACCUCAAUCUCAGGCCCUUCUCUUGCCCCGUGUGCUCCAAAUCCUUCAAGAUGAAGCACCACCUCACCAAGCACCUGAAGACCCACGGCAGCGUGCGGCCCUACGAGUGCGGGCUGUGCGGGAAGAAGGUGGUCUGGAGGGACAGUUUCCUGCGACACCAGGCCCGUUGUGAGCGACUGACUAGAGCCGGAAUGGCGGUCACUGCAGACGAUGGAGCAGACGUUGGAGAUGAUGGGUACAUUCCACAUGAUGGUGAAAGCUUCCUGUCUGACAGUAGUCAUGUGAAAGUGGAAAAGAUGGACUUUAAUGGAGAAGAGGUGCCUGUUAUGGAUGGACUAGACCAUAUGGCAUUUCUGUCAGGUGGGGGCAGUAACUUAGCAACUCCAGGAAAGACACUGGAUGGACAUGUUUUAAAGCAAGAAGAAGGGGAGAGGUUUAGCUGACUUUAGAACAGAUCUAUGUUGACUAUAAGCACCUGCUUAAUAGCAGAUUUUAUGAAAUCUUAGCUACCAAAGUUAGAGACUAUCAUGAGCGUUUAUUCAGGAAGGGCCAAGGAAUGUUAACAUAUCCUUAUUGGAGAAGUGACAAAAUAUAUGUUUUAAUAUCUGCAGAGGUUCAUAUUUGUAAAAUUGUGAAUAAUUCUUAAAAGGUUGUGUUUUUUUAGAUGCACACUUCACUGUACACAGUUGAUGUAAAACCUUAUGUUAGCUGUCAUUCAUGUUUUAACCACAUCAUUUAUAUAUUUGCAUUUCACACAAUGUUUCAUUUGUUUUGGCUCUGUCUGCUUUUUUGGCUGAGUUGCUAUCAGCACGAAAAUAACUGGGAAACAGCUGUACAGUCUGAACUUGCUUUUAGGAGGUAUUUGAACAAUUAAUGUACACAUCUUUUGUGGAUUAAUGGUUAUCUUGGUUCUUCAAAGUGCUGCAUCUCUGUUAUACAAGAACUACCUAAAGGUCUGCUCUCUUCACAAAUGUAAAUAGUUUACACACCUUAGCAUUUGACAACUUAUUCCUAUUCCAAUUCAUUAAAUGUACUGCAUUUAUUGACCUCACUUACAGUUUUUAACUGAAGACCCACAUGAUUAUUGUCAGUCUAAAAGACUCCAUAAUGGUUACACGGUCAUUUUACUCCAUUUUAUCAAUACGGUUUUGGUCCUUAUAUUAAAUCAGUACCAUCUGA